AUGUUUUCUAUUUCACAUGAUAAUGACUUGGCUGAUAAUAAUGAUGUUUGUAUGUAUUUAAACUAUGUUAUACAUAAAGAAAUCAGUGAAUUUAAUAAUUCUGAUUAUAAAACUAAGGAAUUUUACGACAAUUUGAUAAAUAAAUUUGAAGAAGAAUCAUUCCAACUUCGUAAAUAUUGCAAGAAAUAUAUUCAACAUUUAGAUAAAAAAAUAUAUGAAAAAAUGGGGAAAUUGUACGAACUCUAUUCUAUUAUUGAUAAAUUCAAAAUUACAUAUCCACAAAGUAAAAACUGUGAAGAAAUAGAUAAAUGUGUUUCCCUAUUCAAAAAUUACACACGGGAUUGUAAUGACUUUAUAAAUAGUGCAUUUUGUAAGGCAUUGUUAAAUUUUCAUAUAUACACCUAUACAUAUCUUUCUAAAGAAAAGUUAUGCACAGGAGAAAUUUUACCAUUUACAUUGGAAUUAAAAGGUUAUACAGACGAAGAUAGAAGUUUCGACGAAUCUGAUUUUGGUACCGAAAUAUCACAAAACAGUGUAUUUAUUGCGUUUUCUGUAACAUUAGUGGUUAAUAAUUAUUUCAUUUAA